AGAAAACAGAACAUUAACAUGCAUAGGCAAAGUGGUCUGACGGCAGCGGAAGGAUUUACUUGUGAUCCUUAAAAAUACAUUGUGCCAACGAAGAAUGUCAGGGACAUCAAAUGUAGAAUCUGCUGAAGGAGUAGUCUCCAAAGUUAAAGUCAAAAAGCAGAUCAAGACUAUCGUGAAGGAUUUGGAGACCAUACUGGGAGACUUGAGGGAUGUAGCCAAGGAACUCAAAGAGGUUGUGCAUGAGAUCGACUCCCUCACGUGUGACCUACAGCUGGAGGAGGAGAUGACAGACAGUUCCAAGACAGACACCCUGAACAGCAGCUCUAGCAGCACCACCACCACCACCACAACCUCCAGCAUCGACAAGAUCAAGAUCGCCMUCUUUAGGCCCCCGUCUGUCAGCCACGCCAUCCUGACCGUGAUGAAGAAGCCCCACCCUCCGCUGCCCCCUCCCAGGCUGACACCUAUCAAAGCAGAGGAGCACAACAAGAACCCACUAUCAGGGAGCCUACUAGCCAAGGCUAACGGGACUCUUAUGCGUAAUGGUSUUUUCCCAGGGAAGCCAAACAGAGACUUAUCGUGCUGCAUCUCUAAUAGUACAAAGGAAGAGAGAAGACUUAUGCCAAUGCCUUUGCUACGGCAUGAAAAGACCAAAUGCCCCCAGGCAACCCGGGAGAGGGUCCGAUUCAGUGAAAAGGUCCAGUAUCACGGGUACUGCCCCGACUGUGACCUGCAAUAUGACGUUGACAACACAGAUAUGCACUUACAGACAGAAUUUACUGAUGACAUGAGCCCUGUCCAUCAGUGUUCCUCCUCCUCACCACCAUCCCAGCUCAUGUUAGAAAAUGGCGGCCUCAGUGUCAGCCAUAGUUUCCCUCCUACAAAACUGCCUUGUGUGCCUCAUUCUAACCCUUCCCUGAAACCACAGAAAACCAUCCUUCGAAAAUCAACCACCACAACGGUUUGAUGUUAAUCACCCUUAAUUUAAAUAUUUCUAAAUAAUUUAUAGUGUUUUCUAUUUCAUGAGCACUUUCUACUCCAGUCAAACGUGGAUUAUCUAAACGAUGAGGAAAAAUGAGUGCUAGAAGACGUGGCCAUGAGCUCAGAAAUGCACAAGGAGAGAAUG